GGUGAGAUGAACCGAGAUCCGGGGAGAUCGAGCUGAAGUGUUUGAUGGAUGUGGCAAGCGCGGAGUGCUGGAGGGCUGUGGCCGUGGCUGGAGGCGAGAGGAUGGUGGCCGAGGAAGGCAAAACAAGGGCCACGGACUUCUCUAUCGCGGCGAUCAUGGCACGCAGCGCCGGUGCCGCCGAGCCUCGCAGUCCCGUCGCGCGCUCCCCGCCACACACUGGUUCAGCGUCGAGACAAAGUUCACCCGCGUCGCUCAGCUCGCCGGCGUCGAGUUGUCGCUCGCCUGUACCUGACGAGGACGUGGAAGUCGACGUCGAACAGUGUUCCGAUGGGGAAAGGGACACUUCAGACCACGCUGUCCCCUCACCUGCUCCUUCCUCUGAACUAGGCGAGCGAGACACGCCGUCGCCAGCGCGGCCGCUGCCCCCGGCUACAUCGUGCAACUGCGAGGAGCUGCUCUCAGUUGAUUGUCAGCUCGAGACUAAGGAGUUGUGGGACAAGUUUCACGAUCUUGGUACUGAGAUGAUCAUCACUAAAACUGGAAGACGGAUGUUUCCGACUGUGCGCGUGUCGUUUGCGGGGUGCCGCGCGGAGGCGCGGUAUGCGGUGCUGCUAGACGUGGUCCCGGUGGAUGGCAAGCGCUAUCGCUACGCUUACCACCGCUCCUCGUGGCUGGUAGCGGGCAAAGCUGACCCACCCGCACCCGCGCGCCUCUACCCUCACCCUGACUCGCCCUACUCUGGCGACCAGCUUCGCAAGCAGGUUGUCUCGUUUGAGAAAGUUAAGCUCACCAACAACGAGAUGGAUAAAAAUGGACAGAUUGUUCUGAACUCCAUGCAUCGGUAUCAGCCCCGCAUUCACUUGGUUAAAGUCAGAGAAGGCGCUGGCCCCAUCACGGAUCUCACCCGAGAGCAGCAUCGCACCUUCGUCUUCCCUGAAACCGUAUUCACCGCAGUCACAGCCUACCAAAAUCAGCUUAUCACUAAAUUGAAGAUAGACUCCAACCCUUUUGCAAAGGGCUUCAGAGACUCCUCGAGACUCACUGAUUUUGAUAGAGAUCCUAUGGAGCUGAUGUUGAUGGAGCAACAGCUGUUGCGAUCGCCGCUGCGACUGUAUGCAGGUGGAGCGACACCGGCGGAGGAGGACGCAGAAAAGCGUGCGGCGUGGGCCAGAACGCCUCCAGCGCUGCAGCUGCUAGCCUUAGGCGGCCGCGCGUGGCCUGCCGCUUGGCCCCAACCUCUUGGGCUUCCACCAGACCUCUGGUUGCAGAAACCUCCACCUCCUCUUCGCUAUUGCCCAUAUCCACCUCCCGCGCACCCGUCCGCAGCACCAGCGCGGCCCGAUCAUUCCCCCGCGCCUCGGCAUCCGCUGUGAACUAGUAUUAAUAAACCAUAAUGACUGUUAAAAUGACAUUCCUAAAGCCGCGAAGGACUACACGAAAAAUAGUUGAAGUGCUGUGAAUAUGAGAUAAGAAUCAAUUUUGUCACCAACAAAUAUAUCAAAAGAAAGGAAUAGAAUUACUUUUCGAAUUAUUGUUUCGUUUUUAAAUUGAUCUUAAAACCCAAUGAACACUUGUGGUAGUUUUUAAAAGAGUACCUUGCUAUCGAAUUGUAUUUAAUGUAAGAAUAAGAAAUAAGCAUUGAUUGUAUAAAAUAAUGUUAAUUUCAUGGUUCCUACCCAAAAAGAAUUAAAAAAUGUAUUCUACUCUCAUUAUAAUUAAUCUUAACAAUAGUUACCUACGAUUUCCUCUUUUCAGAAAAUUAAUAUUGAAGAAUUAAAAAAAGAAUCAAUACUGUUUUAAAUUCAUCGUUAAUUUACCAAAGAAUAUCAAAGUUCACGUUUGACAUAAUUGAUGGAGUUCUCUUAAAUCCUGUAGUUAUAAUCUGCUCACUAUCCGUUAUACGCGCUCGAGGAGCGACAAGUCCACGAGACACUACUUUCUCACAAACCUAACGCACGGCCAGCAGGUUGUAUGUACACUAUAGUAUAUAUCAUAUUAAGCACAUUAGAUCUACUGAUAUACGUUUUGUCAUGUCAGUGUGAAAUAUCGAAAUUAUUAAUUUCUCAUUUAGCGAUUAUUUGGCUAAUUCUCAGUGAUAUUUAAUAAAUCUCCUUGUAACUUUAAGAAUAGAAUUUAUAUUUUUUCAAUGAAUCUGUCAUUCCAUUAACAGUAUUUAUUGUACUUACAAAUUCCUAUGAAUUCCAAAUAAGUGAUAAUAAAUAAUAACUUAGAUGUAGAUUUGUGUAUUUGUGUGUAUAUUUUAAGCUAUAAGUUAUUUAUAUUCUGGUAACAUUUAAGUAUAUAAAAUGUAUGUAUUGUAUAGUGGUUGGUUAAAUUAUUUUUGUAGAGUAAGCACUGUAAAUAGAGGGCCACUUAGAUGUUUGUAUCUAGUAAGAUAUUUGAUGAAGUAAUUCUUAGUGUGAUAUGUCGUGAUUGCUGCUACACUGACACAAUUUAAUCUCAGAUAUAUUUUACAAAUACCUUUUAAACUGUGUAGUUUUGACAUGUAUACAUUGCUCGUUAUUUUAAAAAUUUGUUUCAAGCAUUAACAAGUAUGAAAGUUCUUGUUCCCUUGCUAUUUUGACUUUACACAGCUCAAUGUAAGUUGCUUUUUGAUACUUUUCAUAAUCUAAUCAGUAGUGAUUAUGUUUCAUCAGUUUUAGAAUGAUUUUAUAUACUUAUAUAAUAAUCUAUUAACAAGAACAGAUAUAAUACAAAGAAACAGGCUUAUGAAAGCAAUCAUGUGUACGAAAUUGCCAAAUAUAGUUAUACCACUAAUGAAACUCGUAUUCGUUUCUAUCUAUUAUAUUACUAAGCACUGUAAUUACUGCCGCUGCAAAUUACUAUGGCUAUUGAUUUAUUUUAAUGGAGAAGUUAAACUAUUUUCUCGAAUAUAAAACGGGCGCUUUACAUGUUCCAUUGUCAAAAGUAAGAAUGUAUGUUACAACCUACAAAUAUAAACCUAACCGUGGCUAAUCAUGAAACUUGAAACCCAGUCCGAAGACCAAACUCUAUACAUUUCCGCAACCCUUUUAUCUCGGUUUCAAAUUCUUCAGUUCAAUAUAAAGAGAGAAAAGAAUUAACAUGGCGGACAAUGGACGUCACAAUAAACUUAACCGAUUUUCAUCUAAAUGACGUCUGACGAUGAGAGUGGCUUGACCUGUAAAAUGUCCGACGUAUUGGUGAAAAAAAUAAAUAUACAGCGAUUUAUAUGUAAAAAUAGUAUCAUUUCCAAUUUCUUUAUGUGCUUAAAAGAUAUUGAAUUUCCAGCAGUUAUAUAAUCAUAAAACAUGUCUUCCUUUACUUGAUUAACUGUCACUGUAACUGUCACUAGGCAAAUUUUUUAAGGCUAUAAAUUUCGAUUUAGCAAUUCACAUCUUGAGUUGUAGCUCGUGCCAAACUCGUUCUAGAAAUGAGUUAUAUUCAUAUAAAAAAACAUACGAUGAUUAGUGAAGAAUGUUCACCUUUGUAGGUCUAAUAACA